UUUUUCUUUCUUAUUUCAACUAAAGAGAUCUCAGUUGGCUUUACAGAGGUUCAUGUGACAAUAAAGUGUUUUUCUUUACCAAAUACAAAGAAUUCGCAAACUGAAUAAUUGUGUUGGUGUUAAUAAAACUGUAAAGUGAUAAUUACAGAGUUGGCCUUACAUGCAUCCAUGUGUAUAUAUAACCCACAAGUCACAACACAUCAUAACACACCACAAAAACAUUAAACAUACCAAUCUCUUCGUGCUUUCUCAAGAACCACUUAGAGAGAAACCAAUGGAGGCAAUGAAGAUGAGACUCUUUGUGGCGGUUUUGGUGGCGACGAUGGCUUUGUCAGCCAUUCAACAGGUUGCCGCGGUGGAGGCUCCUGCUCCAAGUCCUACCUCCGAUGCUUCCUUGUCCAUCCCUGCUUUCUUCGCCUCUGUUGCCACUUUGGCCUUUGGGUUUCUCUUUUGAACAAAUUUCGUUUGUCUUUUUAAUUUUAUGAAAAUCAUAUUCUUGAUUUUUAAUUUUUCUCGCUUAAUUGUUCUAAGAUUUUCCACAUCCGAAUAUCAAUAAAAUUAUUUCUAUCACUUA